AUGGCGGUGUCUCCGUCUCCUCGGACCGACGGAAUCCCCACCCUCCUGAUGGCUGCUGGGAGUUUUGAUGACAUUCUGGCCAUAACAGGGUUCUCCACCUGCCUUGGAAUCGCCUUCUCCACAGGUUCUACGUGGAUGAACAUACUGAAGGGUCUUCUGGAGGUGGUGGGAGGGGUCAUAGCCGGGCUGAUCCUGGGUCUGCUCCUGUGCUGCUUCCCCAGUAAAGACCAGGAGGACCUGGUGUUGAGGAGAACCCUCAUGUUGUUGGGUCUGUCCAUAUUCUCGGUCUUCUUCAGUCACGUUAUUGGUUUUGCCGGAGCGGGUGGUCUCUGCACGCUGGUUCUGGCCUUCCUGGCUGCUCUGGGCUGGAAGACCGACAAGGCCCCGGUGGCCGCCAUGGUGGGGCGCUCAUGGGACGUGUUCCAGCCGCUCCUCUUUGGACUGAUUGGAGCAGAGAUCACCAUAGCAACCCUCAGCCCCAGCACCGUGGGUCUUGGUCUGGCCUGUAUCGGCACCGGUCUGGUGAUCCGGCUGCUCGUCACCUUCCUGCUGGUUCAUUACGGAGGAUUCAACCUGAAGGAGAAAUUCUUCAUCGCUGUGGCCUGGCUGCCCAAAGCCACCGUACAGGCGGCUAUCGGCUCCAAGGCUUUCAACCUGUUUCUACUCAAUAUGACUCCACUUUCUGUGGCCUGA